ACUACGAUCAUUCUUCUGUCCAGUUUGAUUUGUCUAUGCAGCAGGAAAUUUGUGGAAUCCCGGUCCCUCAUCGCUCCCUUCUGAUUCCAAGAAUUUUCGAAGCUAAAUAUAGACACGUCGAUGCUGAUAAAAUGUACUUUACUGAUGGAUCACUUAUAGAGGAAUCAACAGGAUUUGGAGUGUUCAACGAAAUAUCUAGCGCCUCUUACAGCCUCGAGUCACCAUGCUCUGUGUAUAUAGCAGAGUUAGCAGCUAUUCAUUGUGCUUUGGACAGUAUAGCUUCAAGGCCAGUUGGGCACUACUUUAUUGUAACGGAUAGUCUGAGUUCUGUUCAAGCAAUCCACUCAAUAAAACCGGGAAAGCACUCGCCAUACUUCUUCGAGAAGAUACGGGAUAGUUUGAGUGCUUUAUCAAAACGUCGCUUUAUCAUCACCUUUGUUUGGGUUCCCUCUCAUUGCUCGAUAGAGGGUAAUGAGAAGGCAGACUCUCUGGCAAAGGUGGGGGCGAUGGAAGGCGACACGUACCAGCGUGAAAUUGCCUUCAACGAAUUUUACUUUUUAGUUCGAAGAAACUCUCUUGUCAACUGGCAGCGCAAAUGGGACGAGGAUGAGUUGGGUCGGUGGCUGCACUCGAUUAUCCCAAGGGUAAGCCUUAAACCAUGGUUUAAUAGAUUGGACCUGAGUCGAGAUUUUAUUCGUAUAUUUUCCCGUCUCAUGUCCAAUCAUUAUUCCUUAGACGCGGUACUCUAUCGUUUGAAUAUUGCUAGCAGCAAUUUGUGUAGUUGCGGCCAAGGUUACCAUGACAUCGAGCAUAUUGUUUGGUCGUGCGAGGUCCAUCUUGUCGCCAGAACGAAUUUCAUAGACUCCCUUCGGGCCCGAGGAAAACCACCCUAUGUUCCAGUGAGAGAUGUGCUGGGGUGAACUAGAUAUAAGCACACAAUUGUUAUCAAACAAAACG